UCAUUCAGCAGUGGUGUUCGUCACAUGACAGCGUCUGCAUCGACCGCCUGCAGCUGCCGAGUCUAGUUUCACACAAAACUGCCAAAAAUAUUGCAGUGGUCAUAACUUCGCCCUCGAAGCAUCUAACGUGUGAUUUUAAGUAACAGCGCCCGUCCACUAAUUCCCCGACCAUGGCUCUCAGCGACUCUGACGUUAAGAAACAGAUCAAGCACAUGAUGGCGUUUAUCGAGCAAGAGGCAAACGAAAAGGUUGAAGAAGUGGACGCCAAGGCCGAAGAAGAAUUCAACAUUGAGAAAGGUCGCCUGGUUGCUGAGCAGAGGCUCAAGAUCAUGGACUACUACUCGCGCAAGGAGAAGCAAGUGGAGCUGCAGCGAAAGAUUCAGAGUUCCAACAUGCUGAACCAAGCACGGCUGCGGGUGCUGAGGGAGGGCGAGGAGCACAUCCGUAAAGUGCUCGAGGAGGCUCGCCACCACCUCGGCGACAUCACCCGAGACGAGUCACGAUAUCGGGACCUGCUUGAGACCCUCGUUCUGCAGUCACUGCUGCAGCUGCUCGAGACAGAGGUUACUGUGUGUUGCCGACCUAAGGAUAAGAAGCUGAUCGAUCUAGACAGCGUCGCACAGAAGUACCUUGGAAAGACUGGCCAGGCGGUACAACUGACCCUCGAAGCUAAUUUGCCAGACACCGUCUGCGGCGGAGUGGAGUUAGUGGCCAAGAGGGGCCGCAUCCGCGUCUGCAACACGCUCGAGUCUCGACUUGACAUGAUCGCUCAGCAGCUGCUGCCACAGAUCCGCACAGCUCUCUUCGGAAGAAACCCCAACCGCAAGUUUAAUGACUAGCUACUGAGUGCUUCAGCAGUCAUGUACCAUGUAGUCAGGACUCUAUCUUAGUGUAGUGUUAUGGUGUGGCCUUGACAGUCCCGCUCGAGCAUCUUCAAUAUUGCUCGAGCUGCAUGCAAUCUGUCGAGCGUUGCUUUGUGCUGGCCGCAGUUGCAUCGUGGGCUGCUCAACGCAUCUUCAAACUCUACUGUGGUUGCUGUAUUGUUGCUAAUUAAUGUAUUGGUAUGUUUCCUGUUACCCAUAUUGCUGCGAAUUGGUGUAUCUGCUGUACACUGUUUUGUUGUAGCUUCAUUCCAAUAAAAUAUCGUAGCAAUGCCAAUGUUUUUGCUGCGAAAAGAACUACA